AUGCAAAGGAGCAUCGAUCUCUUGGUCACCGCCUGUGGCAACUUCGGCCGAAUCAUCAAAACGGACAAGGCGGUGGUUACGCAUCAACCGCCACCUGACAUCGUCUACGGCGCACCUCAAAUCAACAUGAACGACAUCCAGCUGCAAGCCGUGGACAACUUCAUCUACAUCGGCCGCACCCUCUCUCGCAAUACCAAAAUCGGCGAUGAGGUGGCCCACCGGAUGUCCGAAGUCAGCCCAGCUCUCGGCCGUCUGCAAAACACAGUCUGGAAUUGUCAGUUUUCAACUCAGCACCAAACUGAAGAUGUACAAAUUGGUCAUCCUGACGACGCUGUUACAUGGGGCAGAGACCUGGACGGCGUACAAGAAGCAGGUGCAAGGAUUAAACCACUUCCACCUCAACUGUCUCCGACGGAUACUGAAGCGGAGGUGGCAGGACUGGAUUCCAACAAGGGGCGUAAUGGGACGGAAGGGAGUCCUCAGCAUCUACGCCCCGCUGAGACAACUGAAACUGCGCUGGAACGGCCACUUCCUGUGCAUGGACGACCGGUUACCCAAACGACUCUUCUAUGGAGAUGUCGUCAUGAGUUCCCGCCGACGAGGAGGUCAAGUACAGUGCUACGAGGAUACUCUGAAGGCCUCUCUGAAAUGCCUGUAAAUUAA